AUGACCUUCUGCUUCCUCCUGUACAUGGAUGACAUCACGCUGUGUGUCAGGAGUGAGCGAGGCAUCAACGUGUUGAUCAGCAGGAUCUACAGCGAGGACAUCAGCAUGUCAUUCAGAUGUGACGAGCUGGUUGAGGGAGUCCCACUAAUAACAGCAGUAAUCUGUUUAUGUUCUUCAGCAGUUGAAGAUGUUCCACACCUGAGGAUGGUGCUUGUUGGGAGAACAGGAGCUGGGAAGAGUGCAUCAGGAAACACCAUCUUAGGAAGAAAAGCUUUUGAAUCUAUAGCUGCUUUUUCUUCAGUGACAGUAGGGUGUCAGAAAAUAACAGAUCAGGUAGACUGUCAGAUCCUGGAUGUUGUUGAUACUCCAGGACUGUUUGACACUGAUAGACCUGAAGACGAGCUGAAGAGAGAGGUUGCCAGAUGCAUCUCCUUUGCUGCUCCUGGUCCUCACGUGUUCCUGAUCGUGAUCCAGAUUAGCAGAUUCACCAAAGAAGAACAACAAACAGUGAAAAUCCUGCAGAAGAUCUUUGGAGAAGAAGCAGCAGAUUAUACUAUGGCACUGUUCACACAUGGAGAUGAUGUGGACAAUGAAGCUAACAUAGACAAAUUGAUAAACAGAAGUCCGUCUCUGAGUGGCUUCAUCCAACAGUGUGGAGGAAGAUAUCAUGUUUUUAACAACAAAAUCAAAGAUCCCUCUCAGGUCAGAGAGCUGCUGGAGAAGAUCAACACAACUGUUCAGAGAAAUGGAGGAAAAUAUUACACCAAUGAGAUGCUGCAGGAGGCUGAGAGAGCCGUCAGAGAAGAGCAGGAGCGACUUCUGAGAGAAAAUAUAGCGAUGGAAGAGCAGGAAGCAAGAAGGCGUGCAGAGAAAAAGAACAAGUUCCUGAAGGGGGUGGGGAUCGGGGCGGGAGUGGGAAGUGUGUUUGGUCCACUGGGAGCAGCUGUGGGAGCGGCAGUGGGAGCUACAGCUGUAGCCGUGAAAGAGAAAGAGUGUGUUACUCAGUGA